AUGUCGGUCAUCGACCCAAGGGAAUUGAACGAUUUGGCGGCGUUCGCAGGAAGAGGAGGAUUGGGGUAUGGCGUAGCUAUGACCGACUGCGUCGCCGAGCAGCCCGACCAGCUCAUGUACCUCGAAGGCGACUCACUCGUCCUCCUACGAGACCUAGGACCCAUCCUUAUUGCGUCCUGCGAAGGCGUCGUCGGGUGGGUCAAAAAGGACCACGUCAGAUUUGACCGCCUUGCCUCUUCCUCAUCGCCCACUCCAUCCUCACCUACGUCAGCUCCGAUAUCCCGGUCGGAAUCCGUCACUCCUCACGCGGACUUACCGCGCACGGUGGUCCACUCGCCUUCCCCGCCUAUGAGCACCAAGAACCUGCCCCUGCCUAUCGAUCACGACGAGCAGGGGCGGAAGUUGUCCCUCUUGGCGGAGAGUAUGGACGAGAAGGAUAAGCGGGCGUCGAACCCCUUCGAGCUGGACAGUCCGCUCGGGACGCCCGGGGUGGAUUCUGCGGAGAAGCGGUUCGAGGUCCCGCCUACUUCCGCGCCGGCGGAGGAGAAGCGGGCGAUGGGAGCAGCAGAAGACGAGGAGGAGGAGUGGAAGAGGGAGUCGAUGACUUCGGUGGAUAGUAGCAAUUUUGGCGGGAUUGGCGGUGUCAAGAUCACCACCCCCUCCUCCCCUCCAUCCACGGACGACCUCUCACCCACCUCCGCCACCUCUGCCUCAUCCCAGCCUCAAGCCCAAUCACCCGGCGCAUGGGACAUAUACGACUCGUACUCGCGGGAAUCCAUGUACGCCAAGCGCGCCUCGACCCGCCAGAGCGACACUCCCUCCCGCACCACCGUCAGCUCCACUACUCGCUUACGGAUCGCUAAUCCCGAUUCGGACGACGAGGGCGAUGGCGGAGAGGAGACUGGCGCUGAGCGCGAGGCUAGUCUCCCGAGCGCCACGCAGUCGUCGGAUGAGCAUCACACCUCCAUUGCAUCUAUCGCCAGUACCGAGCUCAUCACCCCCAAUCCGCCAAGCGAGGAGAUGCUGCAGGACGUCAGGGUGCACACCUCUCCAGAGAGGAUAGAGCGGAAUGUCCCGGCGCCCGACACGCCCGAUAUCAAGAUCCGGAUGGACGCGGAAAAGCAACCCCUCCUGGACAGUCCGGUCCCGAUGGACGAGUCGCCCCGGGCAAAGGGCAAAGUCCAACCGAUGGUCGCGCUCGCUCUGCCAAGUACGGACUCGUCCCAAACUAUCGCACUCCGUUCUCCCCCUCCACCCCCCGGUCCGCCGCGCCGACCCUCCCUUGCCCCGUCCUCCUCCUCCCCGUCCGUCGACAACGAUACGCCCCUCCGCCGCCCGUCCGUCCCGUGGAACCCUAAUUCCCCUGCCUCGCCGCAUAGCGUCGACGCGACGCGCCAGGCUGUCGAGGCUGUGCGGAAAACGCCCGAAUCGAAGCGGUCCCGCGGAAUGACGCUCGUCGGGCGGAUGGAGGCGGAUCUGAGCCAGUCAAGGGGUCCUGUACCCAUCACGUUCUUGAUUGGGGAUUCGGGCAUGCCGGGGUCGUUGGCGAUCUCCCCGCCUAUGCCGUCCCUCUCCGGCCUCGGCUUCCCUAUAUCGGGCCCAGGCUCGGGGCACGGCAUGAAGAAGAGCGGGUCGAUGCAAUCGACACUCGCUUCCCCCAUCAUGGAUAUCGAUGAUCCGGCACUCGCCCUGAAGAUUACACCCUCCGCUUACCCCGCCAUGCGCAGCGCUACGAACCCGCUCCCUCCAACGACGUCGGAACCGUCCCAAACGGCCGGGAUGCCCAAGCCGGGCUUCUUCCCCCGUCCGCGAUCCAGGAGUUUUUCCGCGGCGGUGAGCAAGGUGAUGGCCAAGAAGGCGGGUCCGGGGAGGGGUUCGAGCUCGAACACGAGUACGAGCACCGGCACGAGCGCUGGGCCUACCGCGGCAACGGGACCGGGGAAGAGACCCUUCUUCUCCCGCCAGUCUAGCUUGGGCGCUACCACCUCACUCGCUCCGUCCACGUCGCACCCUGAUCAACCGCCCACGCCCAUCUCGCCGGCCAUUUCCGUUAGUCCCGAAAUUAUGGGCUUCCUCAACAACGACUCGUCCACCUCUCUUCCGCGCCCACCCCCCUCCGCCCGCUCUUCGUCCUUCUCCUUCCGCUACACAUCUACCAUCCCCUCCGUCCCCGCCUCGGGCCGGCCCCUUCCCUCCCCGGUCAGUAACAAGGACUAUGAGGAUACCGUCAAGGCCGACGGGCUAGACUUUGAGAUUAUCCAGCCGAGAUCGAAACGGAACGACAGUCUUCUGUCGCCCAGUUCGAGCUCGGACGAGAUGCUCUCGGCGAGCGGGGGUGGCGCGGAGUUGGAGAGGAAAGGAACGGUGAUUAGUAGUACGAGCGGAAGGAGUUUGCGGACUCUGCCGGAUACGGAUGAGUGGGGGUUCAUCAAGGAUAAGAGUCCGACGCCGGAGGUGUUUAUGGGACGAGCGGGUGGGGCGGGACAGCGUGCUUUGGAGCAGAAAUGGCUCGGAAUCAUCAAUACUCCCCUUACGUCGCAAGCGCCCAAAAAGGUCCGGAAGCUCGCGAUUGAGAGUGGGAUCCCGGCUAGUCUGAGAGGAAGGGUCUGGGCGUGGUUCAUGAUGCCCAUCAUGACCGCUAGGAGGCCGGGACUGUAUCAGGAGUUGUUGGAUCAUGAUCGAGAGGAUAGGCGGUUGGCAGAACGGAUAGAUUCGGAUGUUGCCGCUGCCUACCCCGACCACUCCAUCUACUCUGAAACCUCUACAGGCCAAACAGACCUGCGCCAGAUCCUUCGCGCCUACUCGCACUUUGCAACCGGCGGCUACCGCCCCGAAAUGUCUUUGAUUGCAGGCAUGCUCCUCAUCCACUGUGUGGCCGAGGACGCGUUCUGGCUCUUGUCGGGUUUUGUGAAUGGGAGUCUGAGGGACUAUUACGCGUCCCCGACGGGCCAGUCGGGCGGGAAGGCGGUAGGUAUGCGGGUGGACGCGGCGGUGUUUGCGGGGGUGUUGGCGGGCUCGGAGCCCAAGUUGGGGAAAUUGUUUAGGGAUAUUGGGCUGCAUCCUAUUGUGUUUUUGGAAGAAUGGUACGCCAAGCUGUUCUUGCGCUGUCUGCCGUGGCCGACCGCACUGCGGAUCAUCGACGCUGUCGUCGCUGAAGGUCCCCGCUUCCUCCUUAUCGCCUCCCUCACCAUCCUCACUUUAUCUAGAGACCGCCUCCUCGCCCUCCCGCGCACAUAUACCGAUGUGCUCGCGUACCUCCGGGACUUGCCGCAGGAUGCGCUACUCCUGCCCGAAGGGUUCAUGAAGGCUUGUGAGAAUGUCAAGUUCAAGGAGGAUGAUAUGAAGCGGAUGAGGGCGGGGGUGGAGAAGGAGCUGGGGAUAUGA